AUGACGACACCCACUUCAGCCCUUUCGAAAGCCCUGCCGCGCGACCCGAUGGAGGAGUACCUGAGAAGCCUCGAGAUCCGUGACAGGCGCGAGCGGAAGCACGAGAAAUAUAUCAAUAUCAUCACCAACUAUGCCGACAAAGCAGCCGCCAAAGAGAAGGAGCGUUUCAUCACCGAGCGAGAGGCCUCUAAAGACGUUCUGAAAGAGGCUCCCGAAGCUGGUCCAUCCGACACCAAGGCUCGAUCCAACUGGCGCUACUACGGAGGCAAAUCAUCUCCUACGCCUUCACCUGCACCCGCAGACCCAGCGCAUAUAACCCAGCUCCGCGCCGACCUCGCAUCUUCGAACAAGGUCCGCUCAGAGCAGGAAAUACAGUUAGAAUCUAUCAGCAGGAAGAAAAAGGAAUUGGAAAUCGCGACGGCUGCUCAAGCUCGACGGAUCGAGGCGCUGGAGAAGAAAAGCAAGCUGCUCGAGAUAAGGGUCAAGGACACGACCGAGGAGCUGAAGGGCCAAAGACAGUUGGCGGAGCGAGCGCAAGACGAAAUGUUGGUGAUGCAGAUGGAGGUGAAUGCGAAGGAUAAGGACUUGAAGAAGGCGGAAGCGGAUGUGCAAAUGCUGACGGAUAGGUGGAUGGCGGAGAAGCACGAGGAUGCUCGGAGGAUGAAUGAGGCGAUGGAGAAGGGCCAAAAGAAGCGGUAG